AAAUAAAUUGCAAACUUACAAAAAAACAAUACUACAAUUUUAGUUAAAUCUAACUAAACAAAUACAACUAACCGAAAAUGUGCAAAAUCGCCCUGUGUACUUUAGCGUUGUUGGUGUUGGUGAGCGCCGUCUACUCAGAUGAGUUGUCGGACCUGAAAGCCAAUGCCUGCUAUGUGAAAGCAAAAGCUGAUGGUAGUAAAUGCGCUGCCGAUAAACAAUCGGGGUUUGACAUCGAGAAAGACAAGGCUGGUGUCGACGAUGUGAAGCACCGGUGUUGCGGUGUUUCCGUGUUCUACGACUGUUUCCUUGUUUAUUCAAAGGCUAAAUGCGAUGCCACUGAAUUGUUAGAAUUUGAUACUAAAUUGGAUGCAUUGAGAAAAAAAUACAACGAUGGUGAUUGUAAAGCGGACCAAUACAAACCUGAGCAAACAUGUAGUGGUGCCCUUACCGUUGUCCACAGUACAAUCAUUGUGACCGUUUUGGUGUCCAUGGUCAAAUUAUUUUAG